CUCGCCAUGUCCUUCGCCAUGCUGCGCCCCGCGCCCGGCCGUUACCUGUAUCCCGAGAUCAGCAUGCUGUCGGAGGACGAGGAGAACGGCAGCGAGAGCUCGGGCUCCGACGAGAAGCCCUUCCACCUGGACGCCGACGGCUUCGGCAUCAAAGCCGGCAAGAGGAGGAGCGGCAAGAAGCCCGGGCGGCUGCACCGCGAGCCCCGGCAGCGGCACACGGCCAACGCGCGGGAGCGCGACCGCACCAACAGCGUCAACACCGCCUUCACGGCGCUGCGCACCCUCAUCCCCACCGAGCCGGCCGACAGGAAGCUCUCCAAGAUCGAGACGCUGCGCCUGGCCUCCAGCUACAUCUCGCACCUGGGCAACGUGCUGCUGGUGGGCGAGGCGUGCGGCGACGGGCAGCCCUGCCACACCAGCCCGGCCUUCUUCCACCACGGCGGCGGCGGCAGCCCCCCGCCCCGCGACUCCGAGAACUCCCAGCCCAAACAGAUCUGCACUUUCUGCCUCAGCAACCAGAGGAAGCUGAGUAAAGACCGCGACAGGAAGACGGCGAUCCGGAGCUAGGCGCCUCCGGGAAAGGCGGCACGGAGGAGCGGAAGGACGGACGGACGGAUGGACGGACGGAAAAGCCACACACACCGAACCACGGACAGACUCCCGCCUUCACCCCGCUGCCAGGGACAGGACCCUGCCCCUAUGGGGCCGUGGGGCCGGGCUGUGGGGACGCCCCGCUGGAACUGAGCCACGCUGGGGACGCUGCCGCCGGGACCGACCGCUGCCCGUGCUGUCCCCUCCAGCUUUGAGCCACGCCAUCCCCUGAACUGAGGCCUGGGGUGCUGCAUUUGUUGAGUUUAAUCAAUACAUGCUGGUGUUUCAUGUCAUUGAUACGAUAAUAUAAAGCCUGAGCAGCUCGUAUAAUUAAAAAUGGGUACGGUUCAGAGCCAA